AUCACCACAACAGAGACACACUUAUGUGGUACAACUCGUGUCUUUGAAACAAUAAUGCAUCAAUCCUGUCUAUUUUAACUGAGGACUCUUCAUCGGCUGUCUUUUACGCACGAGUUUUCCGUGCGCAAUGAAGCACGGCGCAGCGCGCGCAUCUCCGCAUACCUGACCGCGCGCUCGCGUCUUUACGCAUGAGAACCACAGCUCGUUUCCAAACCCAACCAUGGGCAACACGUCGAACCAAAUCACGGCAAACAACAUCACCGACCCGUUCGGGAGGAACGAAGACGUGGCCAAAAUGGAGAUCACGGUCCUGAGCGUCACCUUCCUCGUGGCGGUCGUCGGAAAUCUGUGCGUUUUGCUGGCCAUGCACAACACCAAGAAGAAGAGCUCGCGCAUGCACCUGUUCAUCAAGCACCUGAGCCUCGCGGACCUGGUGGUGGCUUUCUUUCAGGUUCUCCCACAGCUCUGCUGGGAGAUCACCUACAGGUUUUACGGACCUGACUUCCUUUGCCGGAUUGUCAAGCAUCUCCAGGUCUUGGGAAUGUUCGCGUCUACUUACAUGAUGGUGAUGAUGACUUUGGACCGCUACAUCGCUAUAUGCCACCCUCUGAAAACCCUCCAGCAGCCCACGCGGCGCGCGUACAUCAUGAUCUGCUCCACUUGGCUCUGCAGCCUGUUGCUCAGCACUCCUCAGUACUUCAUCUUCUCUCUGAGCGAGAUCCAGAACGGCUCGGAUGUGUAUGACUGCUGGGGACACUUCAUCGAGCCGUGGGGCAUCCGAGCCUACAUCACCUGGAUCACCGUGGGCAUCUUUCUCAUCCCGGUGGUCAUCCUCAUGAUCUGCUACGGGUUCAUCUGCCACAGUAUCUGGAAGAACUUCAAGUGCAAGACGAAGCGAGGCGCCGCGCACAACACCAAGAGCGGGAUGAUCGGAAAGGCGUCCGUCAGCAGCGUCACCAUCAUCUCCAGAGCCAAACUGCGCACGGUCAAGAUGACAUUCGUGAUUGUUUUGGCGUACAUUGUGUGCUGGGCUCCGUUCUUCACCGUGCAAAUGUGGUCAGUCUGGGAUGAAAACUUCUCCUGGGAUGAUUCAGAAAAUGCAGCGGUGACCCUUUCAGCCCUGCUGGCGAGCCUCAACAGCUGCUGCAACCCGUGGAUCUACAUGCUGUUCAGUGGCCACCUUCUCCAUGACUUCUUAGGGUGUUUCCCAUGCUGGAACAAACCCCAAAACACACUGCACAAAGAGGACUCGGACAGCAGCAUCAGGAGGAACACACUCCUGUCCAAGCUGACUGCUGUCCGCGCCAAAGAUGGCUUCGACUCCUGGAAAGACCCGUGCAACUCCCGGAAGUCCAGUCAGUCGAUAGGCCUAGACUAUUCCCGCAAAUCCAGUCAGUGUUUGCAUUUUGACUGUUCGCGCAAAUCAAGUCAGAGCGUGCCUAUGGAGUCCUAGGAGCCAUGUGGGAUGAGUUAUAAAAAAAGACAUUAAAAUAAAUGUACAGAGUUGAAGUCAAAAGUAUUCACCCUCCUGUGAAUUUUUGAAAUCGUUUUUUUAAUAUUUCCCAAAUGCUGUUUAACAGAGCAAGGAAUUUUUUACAGUAUUUCCGAUAAUCUUUUUUCUUCUGGAGAAAGUCUUAUUUGAUUUAUUUCAGCUAGAAUAAAAACAGUUUGAAUUUUUUUAGAACCAUUUUGCGGUCAAUAUUAUUAGCCCCCUUAAGCAAUAUUUAGUUUUUGAUUGCCUACAGAACAAAUCGUCGUUAUGCAAUGACUUGCCUAAUUAACCUAACUUAGUUAAGCCUGUAAAUGCAGGCCUGUAGUCAGACUGGUGAAAGGGGUGGUUCUUUUUUCUCAAAAACUGGACUAGUUUCAGUUAUUUGCCUCAUUUUCUAUUUUAUUUUUAGAUUUAAAUGCAUUUUAGUGACAUUUUAAGCACUAUUUUUAGCUUAAGUGGUUAUCAUAACUACACUUUUUGAUGAGCCAAAAAUAUUUCCAAAAGAUUUAGAUUUAAGAAAUAUGAAAAAAUACUAAUUUUUAAAAUACUAAUUUAUUACAUGAUAAAUCAUUAGGAAAAAAUAGGAAUCUGUUAAAGUUUUAAAUUAAAAACUGCAGUCUAUUGUCAUUUAUUAGGCAAAUAACAAACUGGCCAGCACAUUCAACUAUCCUUAGUCAGAAAUUGGACAUUUGAAUAAUAAAAUUACAACAUAAUAAUGUAGAGCUUCAUGUUUUUUAUAGCCUCUCUUGUAAAAAAAAAGUCAAUUUGAAAAUUCAUGGAUAACAACAAAUGGCAAAAUAGUAUUUGAUUGAAUCUUUAUAUGGGUCAUUAUUUGCUUCAAGAGUAAGGUCCCUGAUUUAUAAUAAAAGUUACAUGUAAAAUGUUUUCUCUAUUUAAAACAAUACAGUAGCGAAGGAAGACUUUACUUACAUCAGAUUGCAUGUUUUCUUGCACAGCUGGAUGUUGGACUAAUGAAAAAUAAUUGUUUGCACUGGAUAAAACUGAUUAGCUCAAGUCACACUGAAGUGACAGCCAACAGAGGAUUCUGCUAGGUCUUAAAGCCUUGGUUGCUUUUUUGAUGGGUUAUUUUCACUAUUCAUGAUGGCAUGGCAGUCAAAAUUGGACAAAUGAGCGCAUGUAUGGGACAAAUUCUGGACCUUUGUCUAUUACGGGUGGGUCUUUGAAACCACCCGAACCCCCUCUGGCUACGGGCCUGAAAUGCACACUUUAAGCAGAAUACUAGUAUCUUGAAAAAUCAUCAUGACAAAGAUAAACGGAAUCAGUUAUUAGAAAUAAGUAAUUAAAACUAUUAUAUUUAGAAAUGUGCUGAAAAAACUUCUUUCCGUUAAGCAGAAAUUGGGAAAAAAAAUAAACAGGAGGGCUAAUAAUUCAGACUUCUACUGUAUAUUGGGGCCUGACUUACUAAACAUGGCAAAUUAAUGCAAGACAGCAGAGGAAAGUGAUUCUACUGCAAAGACAGAUGGAAAAUGGCUUUUUGUUACUGAAAUAAAUGUGUUGAUUCUUUAAUGUUACAGUUUACAUGUUGUGUUGAACCUUCCUUUAUGACUAUAGUCUGUGACUUAUUCGUUUACAACGAUAAUGUGAUGCUCUUGAAACAAAUACUAUAGUAAUUUAUAGUUAUUACUAAAGUGUUUUUGAACCAUACUGUACACUCUCAGAAAUAAAGGUACAGGAGCUGUCACUGAGGCAGUACCUUUUCAAAAGGUACAUAUUGGUACCUGAAGGUACUUUUUAGUUACAUUUGGGUACGAAUAUGCACCUUUUAGGUACCACUGUGGACUAUUUGGGUUCAAAUAUGUUACUUUUUAAAAGGUGCCCCAGUGACAGCUCCUGUAGCUUUAUUUCUGAGAGUGUAGUACAGUGUAGUACACAGUAUUAUACUGGAGCAUUUACCCUUUGUUAUUGAAUGCUAUACUGUAGUGAACUGAUAAUCUGUAAUAAAUACAGUAGUACUUUAGUUUUUAGUACAGUACACUGUACAAAAUGCUGGGUUCUACACAAACUGAUUUGUGUUGCGACAACAUGAAGCAAUUAAGUUGACUUAUUCAUUCAUUCAUUUUUCUUCGGCUUAGUCGCUGAUUUAUCAGAGGUAGAUACAGCGGAAUGAACCGCCAACUAUUCUAGCAUAUGUUUUACACAGCGGAUGCCCUUCAAGCCGCAACCCAGUACUGGGAAACACCUAUACACUUGCCUUCACACACACACACACACACCCACGCACAUACACUACAGCCAAUUCAGUUCAUCCAAUUCACCUAUAGUGCUUGUCUUUGGACUGUGGGGGAAACCAGAGCACCCAAACUCCACACACAAAUGCCAACUGGCCCACUUGGGACUCGAACCAGCGACUUUCUUGCUGCGAGGCAACAGUGCUAACCACUGAGCCACCGUGCUGCCCCAAUUAACUAACAGAAACAGAAUUAAGUUAAUUAUUGAGUAAAUAUAUAGAGUAAUAUAAUAUACUCUAUAUUUGUAGAAAACUAAAGUAUUGGGUCAAUUGUUUAUGUUACUAUAUUUGUUGAGUUACCAUAGCAACUAUAGAAUAACCAAAACAAAUUAAUUCAAUUAUUUACCAUAGUAUGGUUCAAAAACACUGUAGUGUUUACUGUAUAUUAGUAAAGUAUUUAGUCAUGUGUUUUUUUUUAUAUUGUUUGGGAGUAAAAGUGUAACGUGUGUGUGUGUACAUUUCAGUGUUAUAAAGUUGCUCACAACAAACAUAUCAAAAUAUCCAAAUCUGCUUGUCUGGUGUUCGUAAUUUGUAAGAAAAAUUGUAAUGUUUGUUGUGUCAAAGACUUGUACAUACAUACAAAUAUCGCAAAUA